GUGGGUGGAUGGAUGGAUGCAUGGACGGAUGCAUGGAUGGACGGACAGGCAGGCGCUCCUUAUAACGACGGCACCCUCAUCUGGCGAUGCCGCCUGCCGUCCGCCCCCCGCCUAGGUUUUCGCUCUUUUCCUUGCUGCCUGCCCUACGUGCUGAUCCAGGUACUUGACUGCCACUUUCCAACCGAGUUCCUCAGGUCACUCUCGUCUUGUCCCGGAAACGAAUUCGCCACACGACAGCAUGACGGCUUCCACAACAUCAGGACACAUGAACGGCGGCACCAACGGCGAGCCUGCUCCGUCGACCCGAGAGCCCCUGGCCCCGGGUGUAUACGUGCCCACCGUGGUCUUCUUUACGCCAGAAGACACCAUCGAUAUCGAGACGACGACGGCCCACGCCAAGCGCUUGGCUGGUGCCGGCAUUGCUGGCUUGGUCACCCACGGCUCCAACGGCGAGGCAGUUCACCUGGACCGGGAAGAACGCAAGCUUGUCACCCGCACAACUCGCACUGCCCUCGACGAAGCAGGCAGAUCCGACUUGCCCGUCAUUGUGGGUUGCGGUGCGCAAUCGACACGGGAAACGAUCCAGCACUGCCGCGAUGCGGCCGAGGCGGGUGGUAGUCAUGCUCUGAUCCUCCCACCAUCCUACUAUGGCGGCCUAUUGUCAACGGAGCUGAUCCUCGAGCACUUUCGCGCCGUCGCCGACGCCAGCCCCGUGCCUCUGCUGAUCUACAACUUCCCUGCCCCGUGUGGUGGUCUCGACCUCAGCUCCGACAGCAUCCUCGCGCUGGCCGAGCAUCCCAACAUUGUGGGAGUCAAGCUGACGUGCGGCAAUACGGGCAAGCUGGCCCGCGUCGUGGCCGGCACGCAGGGCACCUCGUUCAGAACGUUUGGCGGCAGUGCCGACUUCACCGUGCAGACGCUUUCCGUGGGCGGCCACGGCGUCAUCGCCGGUCUCGCCAACGUGUCGCCCAAGGCCUGCAACGAGGUGCAGCAGCUGUGGGCUGCGGGGAACACGUCCGAGGCGGUCCGCCUGCAAGGCAUCGUGGCUCGCGGGGACUGGGCUGCCAUCAAGGGAGGAUUUAUCUCGGUCAAGGCCGCGCUGCAGCGCUACUAUGGGUACGGCGGCCAACCCCGCAAGCCGUGCACCCUGCUCGAGGGUAAGGCUCUCGAGGCGCAGCUGAGUGAGUUUGCGGAGCUGGUCGAGCUGGAGAAGAGCGUGGCCGGCGGCGCGGUGGCGGCGUAGUCGUCGUCGUUGUCGUCGUGGUCGCUGGUCUUUUUUCUUAUUUGACGCGUCGGGACGGGGCAGCCCCCAAGUGCCUGCAUGAACUGGUACAUAUUGGGAGUCCCGGAGGCCUUUGUGCAUCAAUAAUAGGCUGCGGCGAUUGGGUGUGGGUGGGAAGCACAGACUCUUGUCGGCUCACGGGCCACGGGGGCUGCAGAUUGAAUCCACGGGCGCAUCGUCAUCUCUUCAAGUUUUUUUUAUUGUCGCGUGGCAUAGCAAAUCGGGCGUUCUCUAGGGCUUCUUGACGGGAACAAAGAGAUGGCCAUGUCACUGAUGCGUGGCUGUCGGGCGAGUCGAGCCGAGGCGCGAUAGAUUACAUACAUGUAAUGAAUUGAAUGGUACCGUACUCUGGCAGUGUGUGCGGGAUGCACUCAAGUCCUGGCUCACCUCAAAUCAAUGAC